AUGUGCUAUCGCUCGGUGAACAACAGUCUGGUGCUGAUUGACGGGCACGCAGAGACGGCGCAGGAGAGACUGCUCCUCAAGGCGAAGCCCCUUCUCAAAGAGCUGGACUGGAGUGAGGGCGACAAGGCCGCCUGGGAGGAGAUGGUCGACGCGAAGCAGACUGAGGCCAGUGCCGAUGAGGAUGAUGAGUACUUCGAGGAAUCUCAAAUCUGCACAAACAAAAUCUUUGAAGCAGUGUUCGAUGAGGCGGAUGGUGGCUCACUGGUCCUUGAGCCUGUUGCCCGGUACUGGGGUCGUAGACCGGUGCACCAGCUACUGCAGCCAGAGUCGGCAUUUGUCUUUGACUUUUGCUUUGAAGUGUACGUCUGGCUGGGAAAGUACGCCUCUAAUACGUUGCGACAAAAGGCAGUCGAUGCAGCAAAAGAUCUCUUUCUUCAGGGCUAUGAUUACUCAAAUAUUGACAUUAGCUUCUUUGGCGUUGACAUGGCAGUCAAGUCGGACAAGCGUCCAGACUGGGCUUGGUUCACCCGAGUUCACCAAAACAUGGAGCCCAUUCUCUUCAAGGACAAGUUCUCCAAUUGGCCUGCAUUCACACUGACCCGCUCUGUGAAAACCAAGUCUCAGCGUACGGCUUUAAAAUGUGAUUCAACCAAAGACAUUCAGGGUGUGAAGAAGGGCCUUUCUGAGGAGUUGAAACUGUUUCCGGCUGAUGUUGAGCAGAUGAUUAACAGGCAAGUUCUGCCGGAGUUUCAGCUGGAAGGCAUCACCGAGGAAGGAGAUUUCAAAGUGCUCACCAUUGAUAUGCAAUGCCUCUACAUCAACGACUCGGGAGAGCUGACUGAACUGGAUGGCAACUCUCUCUACACUGGCGAAUCGUACUGUAUUCGGUGGAAGUAUCGAAUCAAUCGAAUCACGCGCUCACUCACCGGUGGCGAAUCAAAGUAUUCGGAUGCUCAUGGAGGACGAGACAGGUUGCUCUACUUUCUGUGGGUUGGGCGGAACGCAAGGGCACUUGAUUCGUGCACCACUGCCCUCCACGCCGUGGAAAAGGUUCGCGAAGAGGGAGCUGAUCAGAUGAUGAUUGAAAACGGCAAAGAGUUUCCCGCCUUUUUGCGCAUCUUUGAUGGCAGUCUGGUGAUUUUGCUUGGAAAACGUAUUCAAGGGUCCACUGAACAGAAGUAUCGAAUGUUUUCACUGAAAAGCGUCAAAACGGACGAAAUGUUUCUCAGCGAAGUGGAGUGUUCAUCACGCAACUUGCGAAGUCGAUCCUCUUUCCUCUUUACCAAUGUUUCCAGCUCUAAAGUGAUUUACAUUUGGCAUGGCUGUAAAGCUCCGCCAGCUUUGCGCAAGCUGAUCAGACAAUUUUUGGAAGAGAAACUGCUUGCCUCUAAGCCCACUGAGUUUGGCUUCACCAAACGCAUUGGCCAAUUUGAUGUGGUCGAGUUGGAAGAGGGCAAAGAGAGCAAAGAGUUUAUCAAUCUACUAAACGGCUCUGUGGAGACUUCUAGUCCGAAGCGAACAUCCCGACUAAACCUUCAACGUGAUAUUUACUUUUCCUUGCUGGACGACGACCGCCCGUACGACUUUACCCCUCGUCUCUUUCACUUCACCACCUCUGCAUCGAGGGUCUUUCAGGCCACUGAAGUUGUGCCCUCUUACAUGCCUAAUCGAGAGAGCACCACCUUCCUCGACUACCCGUUCACCCAGGAAGACCUGUACCUCAGUGCCUCGACAAAACCGACCUUUUUCCUGUUGGAUAACCACUACGAAGUGUACCUGUGGGAGUCCAAGUUUCCCUUUUACAUCCCCGGUUUGUGCAGUAGUGCUGACAAGCUUCAAGUCAAAAAGACGGAAACGAAAACUUCAGCAAAACCGAGCAUGAUUGACAUUGAGACGGAGAUUCUCUCCGAAGUGAACCUCACCACAGGCUCACUUGCUCAGCUUUGGUUAGCUGAGAGAAAGUGCGCCCUCGAGACGACACUCGCCUACUGUCACGCGAAAAACUCGUCUGAACCCCCAACUGCGUACGUCAUCUCUGCCGGUCUGGAGCCUCACUCCUUCUGUGGUCUCUUCCCAACAUGGAACUACUACGAAAAUGUGGCACAACUUCACAUUGACGACGGUCGCAAACCUGGUCAGCAGAUUUUAGUGCAGGAAGUACUCGCUGAGCUGAGAGACAUUCACACUGCUUCGUACAGCUAUGAAGUACUGAAGAAGAAGCCUCUGCCUGAGGGCAUCAACACCCUCUGCCUUGAGUCAUACCUUGAUGACGCCGAGUUUGAGAAAGUUUUUGGUUUUAAUCGUGAGGAGUUUUAUGCGCUACCCGCCUGGAAAAUUUUGACUCUCAAAAAAGAAAAGGAAUUAUUUUAA